GGAUUGUCUCUCUUUCCCUCUCUAUCUCUGCCCCUUCCCUGCUCUCUCUCUCAAAAAAAUAAACAUUUAAAAAAAAAUUCAUCUUGAAGAGAUAAACAUGGCAAUGCAUAAAGAGUUAGCUAUGCUACCCCUUUUUAGCGAUGACAACUUGCCCACAAGAACAAGCCCUUUAUGAAGGACCUCCUGUACCCGUCCCCAGAAGAGAAGAGGAAGGGCAAAAAGAAGCGCCUGGUGCGGGGCCCCAACUCCUACUUCAUGGAUAUGAGGUACCCUGGGUGCUACAAAAUCACCACCAUCUUCAACCACACACAAACAGUGGCAUUGUCUGUGAGCUGCUCCACCGUCCUGUGCCAGCCAACAGGAAGAAAAGCAAGGCUUACAGAAGGAUGCUCCUUCAGACAGCAACGGCAGUAA